AUGUCUCAAGCGCAGCCGCCGCCGCCGGGGCUGGCUGACCUCGAGAAGGAGCUGGGAUGCUCGAUCUGUACCGAGCUGCUCUACCAGCCCCUCACACUCCUUGACUGCCUACACACGUUUUGCGGUUCCUGCUUGAAGGAAUGGUUUACAGCGCAAGGCUCGCGCCGUCGCUCGUCGUCGGACACUUCUCCUCGAUUUACCUGCCCAUCUUGUCGUGCUGAAGUGCUCCGUACUCGAACAAAUGCCACCGUCACGACCUUACUGGACAUGGUGCUGGCAGCGCACCCCGACCGUGCCAGAUCGGCUGCCGAGAAAGAAGAGAUCGCCGAGCGAUACAAACCGGGAGACGACCUAUUCCCGCUUCCUGUGGAGGAGGAUAAUGAAAGCGAAGAGGAUGAGGAUGAUAGGAGGGUGUUACGAGAAGUUCAGGAGCUGAGCCUUCGGGAGAGUCGCGCAGAGGCGCGGCGAGAGGCCAGGCGCCGCGAUAGGAGUAGCAAUCCCGAGCGAUCUGGAGAGGAUGGCCGAUCUCGCCGACGACGAGGUGAAGAUUCGGAGCGACAACCGAGCUCCGCGCGGACGCACGGCGAUGCCGAUCGUGCGCGGCGGGUUGAGCACCAGUCAAGCUUGCGCUCACUGCUCAGUCUGUCAUCCGAGGCAGAGACUAUGCAAGAGGAGAUCCUCCGACAAAUCCUUGAAGAAGGGUUGCUGGAUGAUGUCGAUUUCGACAAUCUUAGCGCUGCACAGGAGGAAGAACUCAGUGAGCGAAUUGCAGAUGCCUACCGUCGCAGUCAUGGGCAACAGCCACGCUCUUCUCAAGCGCAAAGACGGAGACAAUCCCCCGACAAUACCAGUCGGACGCAUUCACGAUCGCAAUCUGUUCAAAGACCGACCGAGACAACUCCAACCACGUCCUCUCGUGACAACACCGAUAGGCGGCCCCCUGCAACCAGACCGCACUUAUUUGAUCCACCUACGUCACGCCCGACGUCGAACCAUCAAAGACGAAACUCGGAGCAAGGUGACAACCGCCGGCGCACUUCUCCUGUUGGAGUAAACCAAGCGUCAACCUCAGAAGAUACGCUGCGGCCAGCCGUCCGAUCCUCGAGCGAUAUGACCGCUGAACGCCCGCGCAGCUCUCAGAACGCGCGGACAAGAGCAGAGUCCUCUUCCAAUCGGUCGCGACGAGCAACCGAGUCGGAUCAGGGUAUAUCAGAUGCAUGGUUGAGCGGAGGAAGGGAACGAGCCUCUUCCAGAGUCGUCACCAGCCAACCCGUAACGAGUUCACCAACUUCGGCUUCUUCACCGCAGGUCAAUUCUUCCUCCAAUUCAACACCGACAGAGAAUUCAGCACCAGUUUUAUCUUCGCCUGUUGUUCCACCGAGGUCUCAUAGGCGACCUAGUUCUUCGCGAUGGAGUGUGCUUGCCCCUUCUACCGCCCAAUAUGUGGAGCCCUCCCACUCUUGUGAUCGCUGUGGAGCAGCGAACAUUCAAUAUGACUUGCACAAAAAGUGUACCAAAUGUAAAGACCCGGACUAUCACCUUUGUCUGCGCUGUUACCGGACAGAUGGAGACUACCCUAGUGGAGACUCGGCUCGAUUGAGUGGUUUCGAUCCCUCUGCUCAAGCAAUAUACAAACAAAUCCUCGCCUCUCCGAAUCAUCGUCCAGCAAAGAUGCGCCAAACCGGGCAUAUACUGCGCUCCUUCAAGUACGAUCAGCCCUCAGAAAGCGCGCAGGUGAUCAUCAGUGGUGAAAGGAAGAUUACAAAUGACAAUCCUGCGCGCCGUCUGAUAUCGGGGCUCUUCUGCGACAUUUGUCAGUCUCCAGCUAAUGACUGCUUCUGGAAAUGCAGCAAGUGCAACGAAGGCGAUUGGGGCUUCUGUAACCGCUGCGUCAAUCAAGGAAGAUGCUGUACCCACCCCCUGUUGCCUAUUCGACGUAUCACCGGUGGCCCGAAAUUAUCAGCGACAAGUACACCAGCCGAUGCAAAUACCUCCCUCUCUCGCUCCAACACGGAAAGUUUCAAAACACUCUCCUUCUCGACCAAUUGCGACAUCUGUACCUAUCCAAUCCCAGCGUCUGUCACACGUUUCCAUUGUCUACAAUGUAACGACGGCGACUACGAUGUCUGCACAAAUUGCUACCUCAAGUUAGUAGCAACUUCCAAGAUCAGCAAGGAAGACGGCCACAACGGCUGGCGCCGCUGUCUCGCCUCUCACCGGAUGAUCAUCGUUGGCUUUGAAGACCGAGACGACGGACAAAGACGAGUCAUCGUACGCGAUCUAGUCGGUGGCAAUGCCCUUCAAGACGAGCAUAUCGAACAAUCACCCGCUUCCUCUCCGGCCAUUAGUAGCCCCGUGGCAUCCCCAGAACGAGGAAACGGCUACUGGAGCUGGAAAGAAGGUUCCGAGCGCAGGAAGAAAGCUUCUCGUCUCCGUGGCUCGGCCACUGCGACCAACGGUAGUACCAGUAACCCCGGUGCCUCAUCUUCAGACCUUGCGCAUAACAGUGGCGGUACGCCUUCUUCCCGAAACGGCGCGUCGUUCCGCCGUUUUCCUCCUGAUGGCGGUGUCGGCCUCGUCGUGCAGGCUAAGUGGUCGUAUUUCCACGGUGAGGAGAACGAGGAUGAAUUGGUGUUUCCGCGUGGUGCAGAGAUUAGGGAGGUUGAUGAUGUCAAUGAUGAGUGGUUUUGGGGGAGGUAUGCUGGGAGAACGGGCUUGUUCACACGAACUCAUGUCACGAUUGUGGGGGAGAUUAAAUGA